CCCCUCACGCCUGUCCAUAUUUCCUGGAUUAUAAAUGUCCUUCUUCCUACCGAAGGGCGUCACAGAGAAGAUUCCCUCAACAUACCGACUUGGACCGACUGCCGGCAAAAUGGAGGAGGCAGCGAGCGAACGUAGACCCUCCAACACCGCCCAGGAGCAGGACGAGAGGCGGUUGGCGCAGUUUGGGUAUAAGCAAGAGUUGAAGCGGGACUGGGGCCUGGCGCACAACUUCGGCGUCUCCUUUUCCAUCAUUUCCGUCAUCACCGGCCUUACCACCCUUUUCUCCUUCGGGUUGAAUACGGGAGGGCCAGCCGUCAUGUCUAUCGGCUGGAUUGUCGUCUCCUUCUUCACUAUCCUCGUCGCAACAGCUAUGGCCGAGAUCGUGUCAGCGAUCCCUACCAGCGGAGGUCCAUACUUCUGGGCCGCGCUGAUGGCACCGCCGCGCUACUCGGCGCUCGCCGCCUGGAUAACGGGGUGGUUCAACCUCCUUGGCCAAGUUGCAGUAACGACAGGCAUCACGUUCGGCCUGGCCAACCUGAUCGCGACGGUGGCGACGGUCAAGAACCCGGACUACGAGCCCACCCCGCCCAAGACCAUCGGCAUCUACGCCGCGCUCCUCGUCUCGCACGGCAUCGUCAACACGUUCGGCGUGCACCUGCUCAAGUACCUGAACAACUCAUCCAUCAUCCUGCACUCGGCCGGCGUCGUGUGCCUCUGCAUCGCCGUCCUCGCCAAAGCGCCCACCCACCAGCCCGCCUCCUUCGUCUUUGGCAAAUUCAACGACGGCACGGGGGUCGACGGCGCCGAGGGCUGGUCUGCCCGGGCUAGCCCGGCUUACCUCGCCUUGUGUGGCGCGCUCGUCGCGCAGUAUACCCUGACUGGGUUUGAUGCUUCAGCCCACUUGAGCGAGGAGACCAGAAGGGCGGCGUGGAGCGCCCCUAUCGGCGUCGUCUCUAGCGUGGGCUUCUCGGCCCUGUUCGGCUUCUUCGUGCUUAUGGCAUUCCUGUUCUCGAUCCAGGACUUCGAGGCGACGCUGACCAGCAAGUACCAGCAGCCGGUGCUGCAGAUCCUCGUGGACGUCGCCGGGGAGGACGGGGCGUUGGUGAUGUUUUCCCUGAUCAUAAUCUGCGUCUGGCACUGCGGCCUCUUCAGCAUGACGAGCAACAGCCGGAUGAUGUUCGCCUUCGCGCGCGACGGCGGCAUCCACCCCUUCUUCCAGGGCGUGGACGCGCGCUUCCGCUCGCCCAUCCGCGCCGUCUGGCUGGCGGCGCUGCUGGCCUUCAUCCUGGCGCUGCCGUCGCUAGGCUCGUCAGUGGCCUUCGCGGCCGCCACGUCCAUCGCCACCAUCGGCCUGUACAUUAGCUACGGCCUGCCCAUCCUCAUCGGCCUCGUCUGGCACCGCUCCUUCGUCGCCAUGAAGGGGCCCUUUGACCUCGGCCAGGCGUCGCGCCCUGUCGCCGCCGUGGCGUGCGCGUGGAUCGCGUGUAUCUCUGUCGUCUUCUGCUUGCCCACCGCUGACCCGGUGACGGAUCAGACGCUCAAUUACACUGUCGUCGCCGUGGGGAUCAUAGCCAUCGGCGCCGGCGGGACGUGGAUUUUCUGGGCGCGCAAAUGGUUCACGGGGCCUGCGGCGGAGAUCGUCGAGGCGAUGAGGCUUGGUGUCGAUGUCACCGAGCCGGGGGCGCUAGAGAGUAAGGCGCAGGAGGUGAACACCGAGACGGCCGGGCAGGGCCAGGACGAGUGAAGCGGAAGGAACCCUGUCGCCAAGGUCAUGGGUUCGGUGCAUGCCUGGUGGGGUGCGCGCUCUUGGGCCAAGAAGGGGAUAGGAUUAGACUAUUGGAGUCCAUUGGACAGGUCUGGAAAUUCGUCGAUAAGGUCCCGGGAACAAUCGUAGACCUCAUAAGCCAUUGCCUAUCCUAUGUCAAAUCCUUUUCACUUCCCUCCCCAAAGCUGACCUCAUCUAUACUGUAGCAAAUAGCCUCCUUAAACAGAUUCGCAAUGUUGCCUAUCCUUAGUCCUUACGCCCAUCAGGCCUGUCUGAGAGACACUGCGUGGUGCAUACCCCAUUGAGAUUUGUAUCAUACGACUUGCCUGACACAUAACCAAAC